AUGCUUGCUACUUAUGUUAUGACUUUUGUUAUCUGUCUUUUUCAAUUAGACGUUGGCGCCGCUGCAUCCAGCUUCACUGCAUCCCCAGCACAAGCAAUUCAACAAAAGCGAGACACAGUAGCAAUCGCGGUCCUGUCCUUUAAUGGAAACGAGGAAGAAGGCGCGCCUGGAGAUUCUUCGAUGGAAAAAACUCGCGAACUGGUCCUCUCCAACACCCCUUCUGAACACAGACGUUCUAGACGAGAUGCGAAAACAGCAAAAGGCAAGAACGCUACGACCCCUUUCCCGGCACCCCAGAGCAAACGUGACCUGCCACCCCAACUCGCAGCUUUGUUCGCCCCACAAAACCAGAACACCACCAAAGCCCCGUUGAACAAACGUGACCUGCCACCCCAACUCGCGGCUUUGUUCGCCCCACAAAACCAGAACACCACCAAAGCCCCGUUGUCCAAACGUGACCUGCCACCCCAACUCGCAGCUUUGUUCGCCCCACAAAACCAGAACACCACUAAAGCCCCGUUGUCCAAACGUGACCUGCCACCCCAACUCGCAGCUUUGUUCGCCCCACAAAACCAGAACACCACCAAAGCCCCGUUGUCCAAACGUGACCUGCCACCCCAACUCGCAGCUUUGUUCGCCCCACAAAACCAGAACACCACUAAAGCCCCGUUGUCCAAACGUGACCUGCCACCCCAACUCGCAGCUUUGUUCGCCCCACAAAACCAGAACACCACCAAAGCCCCGUUGAACAAACGUGACCUGCCACCCCAACUCGCAGCUUUGUUCGCUAGCCAAGAACCGAAGGCUAAUACCAAUUCCACAAAACCGACACCUACGAGACGUUCGGUGGUGCUUUGA